AUGGCUUCACAAGCUCUCGUCUUACCUUCACCGCUCUCUUCCCACUCUCUUCUCCGAACAUCUUUCUCCGGCGUCUCCGUCAAGCUCGCUCCCCAAUUCUCAACCCUUACAACUUCCAAUUUCAAACCUCUCACCGUAGUCGCGGCUGCCAAGAAAGCCGUCGCCGUCCUUAAGGGCACAUCCGCCGUCGAAGGUGUCGUCACUCUUACUCAAGACGACGAAGGUCCAACAACAGUUAAUGUUCGUAUCACUGGCCUUACUCCAGGGCUUCAUGGUUUUCAUCUACAUGAGUAUGGUGAUACCACAAAUGGGUGUAUCUCAACAGGACCACAUUUUAAUCCCAACAAGUUGACACAUGGUGCUCCUGAAGAUGAAAUCCGUCAUGCGGGUGACCUGGGAAACAUAGUUGCUAAUGCUGAAGGAAAUACAGGAGUUGCAGAGGCGACAAUCGUGGAUAAUCAGAUACCACUCACUGGCCCCAAUUCAGUUGUUGGGAGAGCCUUAGUUGUUCACGAGCUUGAAGAUGACCUCGGAAAGGGUGGACAUGAACUUAGUUUGAGCACUGGAAAUGCUGGUGGAAGAUUAGCCUGUGGUGUUGUAGGCUUGACUCCAGUAUAA